UACUUCAACUUCCAAACUCUCUUCCUCUAACUACAAGAGGAAAAAAUCAAGAUACAAAAAUGGUUAGAGCCCCGUGUUGCGAAAAAAUGGGGUUGAAGAAAGGCCCGUGGACUCGUGAAGAAGACAACAUCCUCAUCAACUACGUUAACUCAUAUGGUCAUGACAAUUGGCGUGCUCUUCCCAAACUAGCUGGUUUGAUGAGAUGUGGAAAAAGUUGUCGGCUCAGAUGGACGAAUUAUCUGAGACCAGAUAUUAAAAGAGGAAAUUUUAGCAGGGAAGAAGAGCAAAGUAUCAUAGAAUUGCAUGCCGCUUUGGGAAAUAGAUGGUCGACCAUUGCAGCCCGAUUACCUGGACGUACAGAUAACGAAAUAAAAAAUGUAUGGCAUACCCACUUAAAAAAGAGAGUAAAGGAGCCCGAAAACAGAUGCAGACUCUCGAGUUUUCAACAAAAAAUAACCAAAUUAAAAGAAGAGGACACUGAAUCGUCACUGUCAUCAUCGGAAAUCAAUUUUGGUGGUUAUGACCGAACAAGUUAUAGUCAACUUCAUUCCCCUCAACAUUCAUAUAGUGAGAUUUCUUCGGCCAUUAUCAUGGAUAAAUAUGACUCGCAAGCUGUGAGAAAAAUUCAGAACGUAGAUGAAGACUUUUGGUCAGACAUUUUCUCAAGUGAAAACUCUAGUAAUUUUACUACGGUGGAACGAGGAUACAAGUACAAGUCUAGCAUGUUUGAUGACAUGCAAUUUUGGUUCAAUGUACUCACGAGAGGGGAUGAGUUAUCAGGAAUCUACGCUCCAAAGUAGUUUUUCAAA